ACAAACGGCUCCUUAUUUGAAUAGUCAAAUAAGUUCAGUUUUAAAUAAAAGGAACCAAAAGCGGCAUAUUCAAGGAGAUAUGCAAACAUCCCAUCACUAAUUGGUCCAUUCAGUAUGAAUAGAGUCGUCGAGAGGAAGAACGACGAAGUUUGCUCGUUAAUCUCUUAAGAAAUUUCGAAUUUGAUAAGAGACUUGAGCAAGAAUAGAAACAUGUCGUAUAAUCGUAUAGAGGUACCCAAGGACUUAAGCGAAAUGACAAAACCAAUCAAUAAUGGAGAGCGCUAUCCACCGAUACCGUUACCGCCGCCGCCGACUAGACAGGGAACCGAGUCGAAGCCAAUGAUUCAAAUGAACUCAUCAGCAUUUUUAGAGUCUGGACCGAUUAUAAUAAACAAUACAACUGUAUUCGUAUUAGAGGGACAGGACGAGACUCUGGCAACAAAGAACUUUAUCUUCAAUGAUCAAACUAUAAGAAAGGGCUUUAUACGUAAGGUCUACUCCAUACUAUUGACUCAGCUGCUCUUCACCUGUGGCGUUAUCUGCAUUUUCAUGUACCAUGACCCAACCAAAUAUUUUGUACGCGCUCAUCCAAAUGUGGUGAUGGUUGCUAUGGUCGUCAAUAUAGUUGUUGUCAUCUCGAUGGCUUGCUGUGAAACUGCUCGACGACAUUUUCCUGUUAAUUUUGUGUGCCUAGGCCUGUUUACGGUGACCAUGUCGUUACUACUUGGGGCCGUCGCUAGCUCCUUGGAAGCGAAUCUUGUGCUCUUAGCCGUGGGCAUAACGGCUUUGUUAGUGGCUGCUCUGUCCAUAUUUGCCAUACAAACCAAAUACGAUUUCACAGCCAUGGGCGGCGUCCUAAUCGCAGUAGUUGUCAGCCUAUUGAUUCUUGGUUUUGCAGGCGCAUUUCUACGCCAAGCUUUCGGCGAGACGGCACUUGCCUGUCUUGGUGCAUUGUUUGGCAGCUUUAUGCUUAUCUACGAUACACAACUGAUUAUUGGUGGCACGCAUGAAUAUCAAUUUAAUCCCGAGGACUAUAUAUUUGCAGCAUUAACUUUAUAUAUCGAUGUUGUACGCCUAUUUUUAUACAUAUUGCGUUUAAUUGCUAGGAAGUAAAGUUGACUUCAUUUGGCUAUUACGCAAAAUGGAAAUACUCUGAAACGUUAUUAU